AAAUGAACAGUAAUUGAAGAGCCUCGUUGCGGAACGGACGUGGCACCAAAAAAUUACCACAAAAAACUGAACUCAACUGAACAAUAAAGGAACUGACUUACCUGAGACUUCAAAAACUACAAUGACAGAUUCAGCAUCGAUGGAACUCGCAGUGCUCGGACUGCUGCUGGCCGUGAUUGUGAUAAUCACUUCGCUGAUCUGCCAUCGACGCAACGAGCGUUUGUUUGGCCGCACACCGCCAGGACCUUGGGGAUUGCCGCUGCUCGGCUAUUUGCCAUUUCUCGACCGGAAGGCACCACACAAAUCGCUGCAGGCGCUGGCCAAACGCUUUGGCGGCAUCUAUCAGCUGAGCAUGGGCAGCGUUCGCACCGUGGUGCUCUCGGAUGCGGCGAUGGUGCGUGAGUUUCUGCGUUACGAGCAGCUGACGGCACGUGCCCCGCUCUAUGUGACGCAUGGGAUCAUGAAAGGCUACGGCAUUGUUGGAGCCGCAGGCGCCAUCUGGAAGUAUCAGAGACGACAGCUCAUCGAGUGGCUCAAGGCGCUGGGCAUGACGCGCAAACAGUGCGAGACGCGUGCUCAGCUGGAGCAGCGCAUUGCUCGUGGCGUCAACGAGUGCGUCCAGUCAUACGAAACAGAAGCCCAGGAAGCGGGUGGAGUGUUGGAUCCGCUGCCAUCGCUGCAGCAUUCGCUGGGCAAUGUGAUCAAUGAUUUGGUCUUUGGCGAAACCUAUCGCCGCAACGAUCCCAACUGGCUCUAUCUGCAGCAGCUGCAGGAGGAGGGCGUCAAGUUGAUCGGCGUCUCGGCCGUGGUGAAUUUCCUGCCUUGGCUGCGCCACCUGGCGGCGAACAAGCGCAGCAUACGUUUUCUGCUCGAUGGGAAGGCGAAGACACACGCGAUCUAUGAUCGCAUCAUACAUCGCUGCGAAAAGCAGCUGGAAGUCGAUCUGCAGCAGCGACACAAAAAACAAUUGCCACCCAAGGAACCUCACAGCAUCCUCGAGCAUUUUCUCAACGAACGUCAGCCGUACUCGGAGCUCUACUGCGACGAUCAGUUGCGUCAUCUGCUCGCCGAUCUGUUUGGCGCCGGCGUUGACACCGCACUGGCCACGCUCCGUUGGUUCCUGCUCUACUUGGCACGCGAGCCGCGUUGCCAGCAGCGUCUCCAGGCGGAGCUCCAGCAGCUGAGCGAGACGCCGACGCUUGCGGAGCUCGAGACGAGCGUCUAUCUUCGUGCCUGUCUCUCGGAGGUGCAACGCAUCCGUUCGGUUGUCCCGCUGGGCAUUCCGCAUGGCGUCGAGCGGGACGUGACCAUCGGUGACUAUUGCCUGCGAAGCGGCAGCAUGGUCCUCAUCCUGCAGUGGGCCAUCCACAUGAAUCCCGAUGUCUGGCCCCAGCCUGAACAGUUUCGCCCGGAGCGCUUCCUCAAUGCCGAUGGCGAUUAUGCGGCGCCAGCUCAGUUCAUUCCCUUCCAGACGGGCAAACGCAUGUGUCCCGGUGAUGAGUUGGCUCGCAUGAUGCUCACUCUGUUCGCUGGUCGCAUUCUGCGUCGCUUCCACAUCCAGUUGCCCAGCGAGCAGCCAGCGAUUGAUUUGGAUGGCGAGUGCGGCAUCACUUUGACUCCGGCUCACUACAAACUCCGCUUCACCAAGCUGAAGUCACGGGAGGGGAAAGAGAAGGUGGAGAUGGAGGAGCAGGAUGAGAAGGAGAAGGAUGAGAGGCAAGUGUUAGAGGAGGCAGCGAAGGUGAAGGAUGAGUAAGGAGGCGUCUAGAAAGAGACGACAUCGAUGAGAAUAAAGUGAAACAUAUAUAAGAGAAUAAAUGCCAGAAAGAAUUUGAUACAGAAAAAUAUAAUAUAAAGCAAGAGGGAAUCGAUCGAAGAUCAGAGGAAUUUGAUGCUAAAGAGGAAAAAUUGGGAUAAGGACAACGAAAUUUUAAGUAGAAGACGAUAAAGAAUAAUUGGGAGCAAAGAAUUUAACUUGAAAUAUGUCGAAAAGAAAGGAAAGCGAUCGAAAGAAUGCAAGAUGUAGUUGAGUUAGAAGAAGUCAAAGAACAAAUUAAGCGAUUGGGAGAAUACUAACAGGAAAAAAACGAAACAGAAAAAUCUUCUGCAGAAAGCGAUGUCAUAUAAACAAAAGUGGAAAGGAACCAAUUUUAAAAGUGAGUCAGGAGAAUACGACAAAUACUGUAAAAAUAAUCGAAAAAAAAAGAAAAUUAAAAGAAGAAAAAUAAUAUUUCAAUUUCGAAGGAAAAGGUUAAACAGUAAGGAAGCAGAAAUAAGGGCACUAGAAAAUAAUGUAAGGAUAAAGAUGCAAGAAGAGAGAACAAGGAGUUGAAGGUAAAUUGUGAGAUAGAUCUAACUCUGAAACUUAAAUAAAACUUGAUAUGAAAUUGAAGAAUUAUGUGGCCGAAGUUAGAGAAGCAAAUGAGCAGCAAUUUGCUUCAGUUUGAUUUCAGUUUUUUGUCACUUACUUUCACGUUUUUUUGUAUGAAUUAUUUAGAAUAGUUUUUUUUUUUUGUCAAUGCGAAUUAUUUGGUUAAAUUGAAUAACAAUUGAGUAAUCGGAGAAUGGAGCUAAUAAAUAAUAAAUAAUAGCCGUUUUUUUUGUGUUUUUUUUUCACACAUCUAAUAGUGUUAAGAAUGUAUAUUACACACACAAACACAUAUAUGUAAUUAUCAAUAAAUACGCAAUGCAAAUAAUGAAUUUAGAAUUUGCAUGUUGAUUAUUGUAAUUGAAAUCGCGUGGUGAAAACAAAGGAAAACUAAAAAACUAAUUAAUAUGUAAUGCAAUAUGGUUGAAUAAUUUCCAUGAAAAGAGUUGUUGCUUUAUUGUUUGUUUGUUUAUUUGUUUAUUUUUGUUUGUUUGUUUGAUGCAAAUAAUUGCGAUGAUUUGUCUUAAAUUGUUGCUCUCUAUUUUUGUGCACAUAAAACUAAACCACAGUUUGUUUUGUUGUUUGUUUGCCUUAGAACUAGGAAUAAAUGCUACAAAACGAAAUUAAACACAGAAAAAAAAACAACUAACUAAUUGAACUAGAACUAAACGUUAAAA